CAGCUGCACCCAAUCAGAGCCGUGCUCAUGCGCGCCUUGGCACUCUCGAAAACCAUAUCGAUAAGUGAUGUUUGUUUGUGUUGUUUGACCGCCAGAACUCAGCAUUCAACCAACACAUCUGCGACCCUCACACAAUGCCUAUACCUACGCUUUCCUCGCCUUUGAAACUGCGAAGUCGUAUCAAGGAGGCUUCUACACGCUCAGAGCGCUCCCAACCCCAACUCGAUCAAGCUCGCAGCGGAUCCGCCGAUACCCAAUCCACAUCACUCAACGCCACCGACGAACAAAAACGACGAAGUUUUCUGCCUCAACGAGGCAUUGCGAGAUCCCUCUUCCGUAAGAAUGCAUCUGCGGAUACGCCCAUAACGAAAUCACAAAACGGAGAUGGUCCUGCGAGCGCAAGAGAAUCCCUCGACGACGCAGUGCCUUCUCAGACACAACAACACCAUGUAAACAGGUCCACUGCUGAGCUUGGUCGCUCCAGGCCUCGAUCGUUAUACCAGCCUCGUGCAGCUCAGAACCCCAUUCUGGAACGGGAUGAAACAGAUUCAAGUCGUGCCAGCGAUAGGGUCAAUAAAUCGUUACACUCUGGGGGACUGCAGCGCUCGGCAUCUUCAAGGCAGCCCGUAGCCCCAAGUCAGGCUACGCAACCUGCCAACAGCCGUGGUCAUGCUCGAACAAGGUCCACCGCUACCGCUCUGUCUAAAGGCUCCACAGAACGUCCACGGUCCCUUGUGUCGAUGCCCGGGCAUGGCACCAAGCCGACCUUGAGUGUUGAUUUGGACUCCUCCGCUGCUGCCCCGCGUACAUCUGCCAGACUGGAAGCUUUGAAACGAUCAAGUAGUACGAGAGCCAGACCAGAAUCUGUACGCGAUCGCCCAGCUGCUGCUACGAAACCUGCGCCUCGUGAUGUAUCUCAAUCUCAAAGCGGUCUGCACGAAGUGCCAAAAGUCGACUCGUCGAAGUUGGCUCGUCCCGCAUUUUCUACUCUCCAACAACAUUUCACUCCUCGCAAAACUGCGAAGGCAGCAACGUCGACAUUCUUCCACCCACCUCCGGAUGUCUCUGCUGCACAUCUUCCGCAAGAGGUUAUAUUACUUCAAUCCGAGCUUCUGCAACUUCACUUGCUGCAUGCGUCAUCGGCACAGACAAGUAGACAGUGGGAAUUAAGUGCACAAGAGUCUUUGCGUGGUAGAUUUGACGAAGUUGCAAGCUUGUAUCGAGUGAUGCGAGAAUAUGAACGAAACGAGAUGGAGCAGAAAAACAUCCAAGCUCUGCGCGAGCUUAACGGCGCAGCCUCGUUCUCCGGGCUCGCCAAGCACUUACAAGCACUUUCAGGCCCCCUCAAUGAAGCGCCAGCUCUUUUGGACUCGGGCGGACGUUAUCACGAUGUCCUUCGCCAGUUUCAGGAGUGGAUGAGACAUGUUGAGGAGAUAUGGUCGCUGCGGAACAGCAGUUCUUCAGGUGGUUUGAGUGAGACUGGCUCGAUCGAGAGCCUUGAUGACUGGUGGAAAGAAGAGAAUCAAGUCUUGACGCGAAAGCUGACUUCGUUCUUGCGUGACCUGGACAGUCUCCAACCACCAACAUCUGAAUCAAGCAUUGCAUACAUUGUCACUGUCUGCAAGCAACUACUCGAAGGAAUGGUGGCAGAGCUGAAAACCAUGCAAUCCAUCCAUGCUGAUGUUGUGGCCAAGGAAGAGAUGUGGGUAGAGGACUGUUUACGGAAAAUCGCCCAAGACAUCGGGGCUAUAUUGGAAAACAACGAAGAGGAAGAAGCGUGGCGCUUCUAG